UGUGCGCUACACUGUCAGUGCGUCAACUCGUCAGCUGUGAUUACUUUCAGCUGUGGACCUCGUGAAUGCAGGAAAAAGGGCCCACUUAACAAGAAGGAGAACCACAUCCGGGUCCUAAUGCGCUGCGUUAACGGAGGACUCUGCGGGAGAGGUUGUCUUAUCGCCGCAUGCACCAGACUGAUCGAGACCAGGACCCGCUGUGGCCUCUGAUCACACCGUGUAUCGCAUUAGACGUCCUCCACCAUGGCCUCUGCCACCUCGACCCCCGCUGCCGCCCCCAGCGGCCGCUCCAGCCGCUCCGCCAGCCGCCGCAGCGCCGCCGGGGGCCUGCCCGCACCCGGCACGGGUACCAGCCCGACCCGCAUGUACCGCAUCCAGGAGAAGGAUGAGCUCCGACGCCUCAACGACCGCCUCGCCAACUACAUCCAGCGGGUCCAAGAGCUGGAGAGCGAAAGGUCUUCCAUAUUGUUCCAGCUGGAGGAGAAGGAUGACUCCAAAAGCCGGGAGAUGUGCAACGUCCGGCGGCUGUACGAGGAGGAGCUGGCCGAUGUCAGGAAGUCCCUGGACGUCCUGGCCGGAGAGAGGGCCCGUCUGCAGAUCGACUAUGGGAACCUGUGUGAGGAGUACAGGAAACUACAAGCCAGGAACCAGAAGAAGGAGAGCGAUCUGGCGAACGCGUUGGCCCAGUGGAGGAAGGUGGAGGCCACGCUGAGCUGCAAGGACGCCGAGUUCACCAAGCUGCUGUCUGAGAACAGGAGACUCCACGACGACCUCGCUGAACAGAGCGGCCAGCUGGAAAACGUAGAGGGCACACUGGCAGCCACCAAGAACCAGCUGAGCACUGAGAUCCUGAGGAGGGUGGACUUGGAGAACCAGGUGCAGACACUCAAAGAACAGCUGGGACUCCAGAAGAACAUCAGUGAUCAGGAGAUCUUGGAGAUCCGGAGCCGUCAUGAGAGUCGUCUGGUGGAGCUGGACUCAGGACGACGGAGAGAGUUCGACAGCAAACUGGCCGACACGAUGCAGCAACUCCGCAAGGACCACGAGUCUCAGGUGCAGCAGUACAAAGAAGAGAUCGACAGGACCUUCAGUUCAAAGUUACAGAAUGCCCAGGAGGCCGCGUUGGAGAAGAACAGUGUUGCGUCAGCCACCAGAGACGAACUGGAAACCACUAAGCUCAGAGUGGAGAGCCUCAGCUCCCAGCUCCAGCAGUACCAGAAAGAUAAAAUGGUCCUGGAGAGCCGCUUUCAGGAGCUGGAGAGGACUCUUGACGGCGAGCGUGAGCUUUGGCAGCAGAGACUCAGUCAGAAGGAGCAGGAGAUGCUGACCAUGAGAAGCCAGAUGUUCGCCCAGCUGGAGGACUACGAGAACCUUCUGGAUGUCAAGCUCGCUCUGGACAUGGAGAUCAAUGCCUACAGGAAGAUGCUGGAGGUGGAGGAGCAGAGAUUGCAGCUGUCCCCCAGCCCCUCCCAGCAUACAGCCAUACCCCGAACCCACGAACACGGCAGCCGCAAGCUCAGAGGGAAGAAACGGAAAUACGAGGGCGCGUCUGGCCACUCGCCCGCCUACAAGAUGUCCAGUCGUCUAACGGAGCACGGCACUGUGAGCGUGGCGGAGGUCGACAUGGACGGAAAAUAUGUCCGACUGAAGAACAACUCUGAGGCGGAGCAGCCGCUGGGUGGUUGGGUGGUACGGAGGAUGUACCCCGACUCUGGAGACCUCUCCUUCCACAUCCCCUCCUCCUGCAUCCUGGCUGGUGGGCAGACACUCACAAUCUGGGCUGCAGGUUCAGAGGCGGAUGCUGACUCUGGGGACCUGGUUCUGCAGGGCCACAGGAGCUGGGGCCCUGUCACUGAUGUAAGGGUGGUUCUUCUGGACCCCAACCAUGAGGAAAUGGCGGAGCACCGGGUGUGUAUGCAGCAAAGAGGUGAGGAGGAGACUGAGCUGGAGUUUGAUGACGAAUACGUCGCGGGCAGUGACAUCCAGCACUUCAGGAGACAGCCAAAGAGGAAGAAGAAGAAGAAGUGUUGUUCUGUGUCUUGAGUGCAGAGCACACAGCGUGCUGACAGGAUCUAUCUAAGGAGGGCAGCUGUUCCGUCAUGUGAUCGCUGCUUUGACUGGCUCUAACAUUUUGUAGAACAAAGGACUGCUGCUCUCUGGUCUCAGUGUUGUCUCAAACAACAAACUACGAGGACUCUGACACGUUGGUCUGCCUGUGAAGAGCUCCGAUGCCUUAGAGCAACACGAUCAACCUCAGUAUUCCUCACUGGUUUCAUGGCUCUUACUGCACAAGACGAGAUGUGAGCUUUGCCUUGAUUUGAUCUCAUUUUAAAUGUGUGUGUGAAAUAAAACUGUUAGCAUAAUAAAGUUAUAAAUAAGGUGCAGUCAGACACCUGGCUCUAAGAAUUAAAGACUGUUUAUUGCAAU